AUGGCGUCUCUAUCCGCAAACGCUACGCCCGACGACCUAGGGCCGAAAGUCGAGAUAGUCUCUUGGCUGCUGAUUGGGCUGUCUGCUGUUUUCCUCGGUCUCCGAGUUUUCUGCAAGUUCAGAACACAUCGAGCUCUUUGGUGGGAUGAUCACGUCCUAAUCGUCUCCUGGGUCUUCCAGCUCAUCGCUGUCUGUUUCACCACCGCCAGCGUCAGGUUGGGCCUCGGCAGGCAUAUCUAUGCCGUCGACCCGGCCAAUUUGGCCCCCCUCGGCCUGAACAGCAAUGUUUCGAGCACAUUCGCCGUCUUGGCAGCUGUCUUGAGCAAGACAUCGUUCGCCCUCACUCUCCUCCGCAUCACCGAAGGCUAUACUAAGAUAGCGAUUUGGGUCAUCAUCGCCAUCAUGAAUAGCGCCAUGUGGUUGACAGCGCUUUUCGUUUGGAUCAAGUGCAACCCGCCCCGCAAGACCUGGGAUCGCACGAUACCCGGGACGUGCUGGGACAGUUCUAGCACGUCAAAAUAUGAUAUCUUCUCGGCUGCUAUCUCGGGAGUUGGCGACAUCGCCCUGUCUCUCUUGCCCUGGAAGGUUCUCUUUAACCUGCAGAUCAAGAGGAAGGAGAAGAUCGGUGUCGGAUUUGCCAUGAGCAUGGGAGUCUUCGCCGGAGGAACCGCCUUCGUCAAGUGCGCAAAGCUCCCAGAACUCGAAUAUGGCGAUCCUACCUAUUACGCCGCGGACGUGGCUAUCUGGGCCACCGCCGAGACCGCGACAACAAUCAUGGCCGCCAGCCUCCCGGUGCUCCGCGUGCUCCUCCAGUAUGUCAAGUCGUCGGCCAGGAAAUACUCGUCCGAGCGGUACGGGCCCAGCGGCGAUGCUUCCCAUGUCAAGGGGACAAGAGCGACAAGAGGCGCGACAACGACCGUGACGGUUACCCGGAACGGGCCCAGAUCGCAUGCCAUCAAGGACGACGACAGCGACAAGAGCAUUUUGGAUCGGCCGGUUGGGGGUGGCAAUCAGAUCGUGCAGACCAACGAGUACAUUGUCGAGUUUCAUGAGCAGGACAGGGCGAAGAUUAACGAAGACUCAGAUAGCAUGGGUGGCUAUGAGAUGACCAACAGGGCUCCAUCUCGACUGCAGGACACGGCUUGA